AAAUGCUUUCUUGUUUGGAGCGAAAUGCAGUGAUUACAAGAAGAGAAGUAACUCUGCUGUCCCACCUGGCGAUAUCUGAAGUAUAUUUAGAAAAGCAUAGCAAUACAGAAAGAACUGUAGAUCGAGCGAUGCAGAUAGCUUGUCGUGACACUCCGCAUCACCCUGCUAUCGCAGUAAUGCUGAAUACGAUGGGCCUAAUGUUGGAAAAUUCUGGGCGGAGUCAGAUCAACGCCAUGCGAUAUUACAAAUGGUCCCUUGAUGAGAGAAGAAAGCAUUCCUACUUCAGAGCGGAGACCCUUUGUCCAGCACUCCUCAAUGUUUCAUUACAAUUUGUUCGGUCAGGAAACUGCAACGCUGCCCUUAAAACCCUUGAAGAGGCCAUUGAACUCCGUAAACAGUAUGGCUGGGUGGACCAUUUCACAGGAGUGACACUCUAUUACAUCGCAUUAGUCUACAUGCAAAUAGGAAACUUCUCCCUGGCUUUAGAGUACAACCAACAAGCAUUAAACAUGCUGGAACAGUGUACACCUGAACACCCAGUGAACCUCAAGGCUGUUAAUGCCAUAGCGCAUUGUUACCUAGCAAUGAAUGACGAGUUGAAUGCAAGAAGAUUCUUCGAUAUUGCAAUAGCUAAACAUCCCAAUUGCAAAACCAUUGGCACCACUCAUAAGAUAUGCACGUUACGUCAUUGCUUGGUUCUAGGUGGUACGCAUCAGAGACAAAUCGCGUAUUCAUGUUUAGAAAAGGAAUUGUCAGAAAUGCCAGACACUGAAAUGAAUAUCGGUCAACGAAUUUCAGAAUGCAUGGCUAUAUAUUCAACUGAAAAAGGAGAGUGCUGGAAUUGGAAUGAUAACGGACGCGAAUUAUAAGUAAGCACUGCAAGUUAUGUCAAAAUAGGUACCGUGUGUAUUCACAUAGUCAAAGCGAUGCCCAGAUGAACACCAGAGUAUUCUCCCUCUGUAUGGGUAAAUCGCAAACACAGCAAUCGUACUCUUCUGACGGCUGUAGUAUCAACACCCAAACGCAGCAAUCGGAAUCUCCUGACCGCGGUAUUACCAACACCGAAAGGGAGCCAUCAAAAUCAUCUGACUGCGGUAUUACCAAGUCCCAAAGGGAGCCGUCGGAAUCGUCUGACCGCGGUAUUACCAAGUCCGAAAUGGAGCCGUCAGAAUCGUCUGACAGUGGUAUUACUGAAUUCCAAAGGCAGCCAUCGGAAUCGUCUGACCGUGGUAUUACGGAAUCCCAAAGGCAUCCAUCGGAAUCGUCUGACCGUGGUAUUACGGAAUCCAAAAGGCAUCCAUCGGAAUCAUCUGACCGCGGUAUUUCCAAGUCCGAAAGGGAGCCGUCGGAAUCGUCUGACCGUGGUAUUACGGAAUCCCAAAGGCUGCCAUCGGAAUCGUCUGACCGUGGUAUUACGGAAUCCCAAAGGCAGCCGUCGGAGUCGCCAGAUCUAGAUUACACCGAUCCCACGAAACCCGUCUGAAUCAUCCAAAUAAAGUAUUUCUAAUUUGCAUUUACUGAACAGUCUCUGCACUUCCCCAAAAAAUCAAAAGAUUGCGACGAAUGCAGCAUUUCCGAGUCGCUAAGUUAAAAUUUAUUGAAAACUUGUGAAUGUAGUCUUGCCUAUUUCUAAUGGGAACAAUUGGAAUAAAGCGCAUUCAGUCUUUCCCCUUCUCAAGGAGAGAAUAAUUUUAACAUUGUGGAAAACUCAUACAUACUGACAUUUAAAUAGAUUUCAAGAGCAAUACUCGUUAUACUCAUACUGAUAAUUGCCCACUCCCAAGAGAAUAAUUUACACAAGGUGAAUGGUGUCAUGCGCUUUUCCAAGGGGAAUAAUUGGUAUAUUGAAUAUUGUAAAUGAAAUUUUGCGCCUUUCCAAAGAGAAUAAUUUGAAUAUAGUGAUAAUUUUUUUUCCCUUUUGAAAGGGAAAAUAUUAUAUAGUCUUUUACUAUGUUGCAACCUACAUCCUGCUUCGUUUCCAAUUAUAAACUCUGACGACAGUCAUCAAUUCCAUUGAUAAAAUGCAACCCUCACCCAUGGUAACCAAAUAAAUGAUCAGUUUGUGUUGCGUCUAGAUUUACAAAUCAAGAAAUAAGCGUUGUUUAUAAUUUAUUUAUAAACAUAAUUUGAUGUCUCAUAUCAACUGAUUAUAGGAAGGAAGAUAACUCCGGUACACACAAACGUAGUCACAAUCACACAUUAAACUUGCUCCCGUGGCAAAAGUUCAUACGCAUAAUGGAGACAACUUAUAAAUACAUUCAACAUUUCAAACGUUCAUAUACUUGAUGAUGAUGACUUGUCCAUGGUGACUUCUAUAUAUAUUAAAUAAUUAAAAACCAUACAUACUUUUAAUGAUGAGGUCAUAUCAGUACAUUUAGUGUUUACACGUUCAGUCGCUUUUUGUGGCUAUUUUUAAAAAAUACAUUUAUUUAUUCAAACGUAUUGAUGUUGAUUUCACAAUACAUUAUGCUUGAAACGUACAUACACUUUGUUAAGGCGGGUUCAAAGUUAGUUUACAAUGCCCGACAUUUUUGUUCACUCAAUGAUUGAGAUUGCUCAGUACAUGUAGCAUUCAAAUGUUCGAACACUUUGCGAUGGCAGCUUUUAAAUACAUUCAGAAGUUAAAAUAAUUAUAUUCUACAACAUUCAUAUGCACUACUCUUACUGAACUCUUGUGAAGGAGCCACAGACGAAUUAAAACCGGUCUAUUAAAACAGAAACCGACCGGUUUGAUUUAUUGCAAGAGAAAAUGCUCACUUCUUAUCCAUAUUGAUUUAACAACCCUCAAAGUAGGAUACGCUGAUGUCUGUACAUCUAACACACCCUCAAUCAACUAAAUUUCGGGUUAAGGAGAUUUCAGUUAUGAAAACUUUUCACAGAUGACACGUGUUAGAUUAUAAAAAAAGCCAUUCUUAGAUAAUUGUCCCUUUCUUAUUAUAAUAUAUGUAUGUAUCGUAGUGUACUGUUUCAUGAUAUGAGGCAUAAUAUCAUAUAUUAGUCUACGUAUUUGACUAUUAUGGAACAUAUGUUGAAAUUGGUUUCGCUUACAAUAAGUUGCUACAUUCAAGUUUCAGUCUCAAAAAGGCUAGAAUUUAUUACUAGUAUGUACUCUGACAGAUUUGGACUAUCACUGUAAAUUCUGGAUGACGUUGCUGGUCUCAGUCCCCGAGAUUGGCUGUAACCUUAUAGCUGAAGUUAAUGCUUCCACUGUAUCCAUGAAAUACUACUUUAAGAGUAAUUUAUCUGGUGUCGACAUAUUUGUUAUGUUAUUUAAAGUUGUAUGAGAUGGUCAAAAGUGUGUCCGAGAAUGACCCACCACAUGCUGAGCACGCGCAUGCCAUUGAGGGAAGACAAUGGACUAGGUGCUGUAGCAGUCGACAGCAGCUUCUCUGUGUUCUCCAGUAUAUUUGCUCACAUCUACUUUGUCACUGCGUUAUUCUGUAUAUGUACCUACAAUAAUAAAAUGAAAGCGGUAAGAGAUCUUCUUUAUAGUUGGCUGUUCUGUGAACUAGGUUACUCAUGACGCACAUAGACCAACAAUUUGUUUACCCGGUAAGCCAUCAAGUUACCUGCCAAAACAAAUUCAGGUAGGCCACUUAGGUAACUAAGCAACGUAUCUGAUAACAACAGUAUGUUCUCGUUCAAACUGCAUAUAAUUAUUUACGAAUGAAAAGGUUUUAAAUAUCAACCCUCCAAACCAUAUUUUGUAAUAAAUGUA